UUAUUGGCUAACUUUUUAGGACCCGGCGUGCCAUCGGCUAACGCUUUGUCCAGGCAAACACUUCAAAAAGGAUUGUUUUAGGCUUCAAAGCCGUGCCAUUUCAGUUCCUAUUUAGACUUUUUGGUGUUAAGAAACGCCAGAUUUAUCCACUAAAACAACACUAAGCAACAAAGAAAGGUCUUUGCCUAGCAUAAGGAGGGUGCGCAGGGGAGCGGGAUUCCUCUCGGCCUGGCUCGUUACUCUUUGCGCUCUGUCACCUGUAGCUAGGAUACUCGCCCUCCUCUACCGCCGGGCUAACACUCGUCAUUGGCGGACGCGUGAUGGGGGAAGUGCCGCUUCGCUGGAAGAACUCACCCGCUCCUUGCCCAAACGGUGUUGGGAAGCGACCAAGAUAAUUUUUCGUUUUUCAAGCCGAGCAUGGACUUCUCCGAGGAGUCGUCGCCCGCUUUGGCGUUCGAGAAGGACGCCUUCGAGCUGACUGUGGAGGACGUGUACGACAUCUCGUACGUGGUCGGACGAGACUUGUUGCGGAUCAGCCGAACGGGCGAAGAGGUGUCCGACCUCCAAUUUCGCAUCGUUCGCGUGCUGGAGAUGUUCGAGACCAUGGUCAACAAGUACAACUUGUCCCUGGAGGAGCUGAAAAUGGAGCGGGACAACCUGAAGAGCCAACUGGACCGCGUCGUCACGGAAAGCUCCACCGGCGGCCAGAGCCCGCAAGCGACUGGACCCAACCAGAUGGUGGUGGACCUGAGUGACCCCAACAGGCCUCGCUUCACCAUGCAGGAGCUGAAGGAGGUCCUGCAGGAGAGAAACCAGCUGAAGGCCCAGCUCAUGGUGGCCCAAGAGGAGCUGCAGCUCUAUAAGAGCGGGAUUCUGCCACACGGCCAAGCGGCCAUGGUCGAAGUGGACCUGGACGAGCCGGCGCAAAACGGGGCAGCUGCGAUCAACGAUGGAAAACAGGAAAAAACCACCAUUGGAAAAUUGUUUUCAUUUAAGCGGAAAUAAGAUGACAAAGAAGACCCUGACAAGACAGGAUUGGUCAGCAGGUUACGCGGACCUUUUUAUACUGUAUUUUUGUAUUCAAGCUGUAUUUGUGACGUUAACACGCUGCCUUAAUUUUAUAUGUACUGUAUAACAAAGAUUUAUAAUGGUUAUUCUUGUGAAACUCUUUAUUAGGUACACCUACAUCAUGUACGAGAGGCUGUUAUGUGGAAAAAAAAUAUGAUGCUCAUCUCAGAAGUAUUUACACAUUUGGAAUCUUUUUUUAAUGAUGUUCAAAACAAUAACAUGCAUGUUAGAUUGUUGCAAAUUUUUUAAGUUUCUUGGGGUUCGAAAACAAUGUAUGUGAGGUUACUCAAAUGCGACAAUUUUUAAAAACAUCUGUUGGGUUAAUUGACAUCUCAAGUGUAUCGGACAUUUAAUCACAGACGUUUGUUAGGUUUAUUGAAGGAUAAAGUGUCUUGCUAAUACAUCAAGCAUGUUAUGU